GCCCCUUCCUCUUUCCACAGUGACGGACGCGGUUUAAGGUGCUCGGUCCUUCUUGUGAAGCUAAGGCCUGGUGUCAAUCCGGCGACUAGCACCCUGUAACCCGACCAUCCGACCCCACACGAGCGCCCGAUCAUCUCAGCCAUGGCCUCCGUCUCCGAGCUCGCCUGUAUUUACUCCGCACUCAUCCUCCAUGAUGACGAGAUCACGAUCACGGAAGACAAGAUCCUCGCGCUCAUAAAAGCGGCCAAUGUCAGCGUGGAGCCCUUCUGGCCCAGCCUGUUCGCUAAGGCUCUCAGCAAUGUCAGCAUUGGCAGCCUGAUCAGCAACGUUGGUGCCGGCGGUGGGGCCCCUGCUCCCGCAGCCGCUGCUGCCCCGGCCGCUGCUCCCGCAGCUGAAGAGAAGAAAAAGGAGGAAGAGAAGAAGGAAGAGUCUGAGGAGUCGGAUGAUGACAUGGGCUUCGGUCUUUUCGACUAAAACCUUUUGUAAGAGGACUUGUAAUAAAGAGAAUCCAUCUAAGUC